UCACAACACAAACAAUGGAAUCUGUGGAAAAAAACGAAAACCAUUUUGACUCUGCCACUGAGUUUGUUAGAUCAAAUUCAAAUAAACUUGGCACAGAAACAUUGCUUUACCUCUAUGCUAGGUAUAAGCAGGUGAAGGAAGGUACAUGUAACGUGCCAAAGCCAGGAUUUCUUGAUUUUCAAGGAAAGCAGAAAUGGGAAGCAUGGAAGAAACUUGGCAAUAUGACGAAAGAGAAAGCAAUGAAGGAAUAUGUUAAAGCUUUAACAAAAGAUAUUCCGGAUUGGAGCUCGAAGCUUCAAAACUGCGGGGAGAGUGGAGACUCUGAUAAGCCCCGUUCAUCCGGAAACGGUCUCGGUGUAUCUGUCAGUACCAUGCAGAAUGAUGAGGAGGACUUGGAUGAUGAGCUGAAGACAGUGUUUGACUGGUGUAAAGAGGGAGACGUAACUAAAGUUGCUAAUAUCCUCAAGAAAAACCAGUCUUGUGUGAAUUUGAAAGAUGAUGAGGGAAUGGUGCUGCUUCACUGGGCUGCAGAUCGAGGCGACGCAGACAUGGUUCAUAUGCUGCUCAGCAAAGGGGCUAGUGUUGAUAAACAGGAUGAUACGGGCCAGACCGCUUUACAUUAUGCUAUCAGUUGUGACCAUAAAGAUGUUAUGAAGGCUCUCCUAGAGGCUAAAGCUUCCUUAGAUAUACUUGACAAAGAGGGAGAAACAGCUAGAGACAUGCUUAGCGAUGCUAGUAAAGAAAUACAAGACAUCGUAAAAAACUUUCUUGCAAGAUGAAAGAACUCGAUCCCUUAAGUGCAAUUCAUUGUUUUAAUUGUGAUACUAGAGUGUAUAUCUAUAUAUUUGUAUAUGUUGCUGUUUGCUUCAAAUAUGAAGGGGCUCACUCACAGAUGUUUUUACAACAUUUUGUUUUAAACCUUGUUGAAAUUGAGUUAUUUUUUUCAACCUUUAUGAAACAAACACCAAAUGGCAACUGGCAGAUAAAUCAAUUGCGUUACUAACACUUUUUGACAAAAUUAUACAUUCUUUGUCACAAUUCUAAAUAAGUAUUUACUGUAGAUCAUUUUGUUUACAGUUCACACAAAAUUAUAUUUUCCGAUGGCAGAUGUAAUAAAACAUCAAAAGUGUCCCGAGAAGGUUGGCUUAUUUAUUAUUGAAUCAGAAAUAAUUUAAAGGUUUAUUUCACUUCUAAAUAUUGGUUUAUGAAAACAACUUUUCAGUUUAUUUUGCUUCAACCUCAACGUUGUUUAAAUUCUAUUAAAAAGUUGACCCAACAUGUUGAAUGGCAAGGGGUUACAUAACUAACCAAUUUAUAUGAAAUAAUGAUAAUAUGAUUCAAAAAAUAUAUUAUAUGUGUGCAUAUUUUAUGGCUUUAAGAAAUAAAGUUUGAUGAAAACUGAUUUAAGUCCAAAUCAAUUAAUGCCAUAAUGAUGCACCCAUUGACAGUUAUUUGAUUUUUUUAAUCAUUGCACCUUAUAAAUUCUGCCUUAGAGGUAUGUUAUUGCAAAAGACCUGCAUAAUGCAAAUACCAAAUUGUUCAUUUCAUCGAUAAACUGUCUGAAAUGGUUUAAAAUGCCAAGAAAUCUGCAGAAAAAUCUGUUUAAUGAUUAGAUUGCUAUCAGUAAUGGAAAUAUACUUACAAAAUGGAAGCAUAGGAAUUAUUUUAAAAAUAUUUCUAUUUAUCUUGGAGGUGUGGCAAUGUUUGUUAGGUUGUCCGUUUUUUUGCAGAGAAAAAUUUUAGGUACUGUCUUCGCCAUUGAUUCAACAUUGUCAUAGGCAGUAUGAAAAUACUUCAACCAUGGCCAUAACUGAAAAUCUAUUAUUGAUAUUCAAAUGAAUUUAGUAUACAUGUUGCCGGAGACAAUACACAGAUGUACACCAAGGCCCAGAACUCUGGAUUUAAUAUUUGUGGAGUGAUGCCCCUUUAUUGACUGAACAGUAACGGACCAGUUUUGUUGUUUGUUCCGAAAUAACUGUAAUGUACCUUUAACGAGAGUUUAAAUAGUGUAAACUACCAAAAAUGGUCAACAUUUCUAUAUUGCUCAAUUGUGAAGGACGGAAUUUAUCUAUUUUAAGCUGCACUCUUACAGAUUGAAUGUUUUGACAACUUUUUUAUUUUUUGUCUAGGAAUGAGCCAAUUUGUUUGUUAUUGUUUUGUUUUAGGCCUGAACUAGGCCUUAAAAGGAAUAAUAUUUGGCCCUUUGUUCACCUCAAUUAUUGAAAUGUUACCCGGUAAUUGAAACAAAAUUGGGAAUUCAAUCUGUUAUGAUCUCUGCAUCAUUUAUUUUAUUCCACAAGUUAACCUGUAUUGUUUUACAAUGCUUACAAGAAGUAAAACGAAUUAAUAAUUA